AUGACUGGACGGAAGCCUGAGCAGGAGACCGGGCCGUUCUGGGGGCGAGGCCAGACGCGAGGGGGCGUGGCCGUCAGCGCGGGCGGGGGAGCAGGCGGCGGUCGCUGGCCCAGCGGUUUGUGGAGCCGGCCUCGCUGCAGGCUGGACGCGGCGGCUUCCAAGCUGGCUGGUCGGCUUGGCAGCACGGACACCCGGUGUGCCCCUCCCGCCGGGGCCACUGACACCCGCUGUUCAUCUCCCACCGGCACCACGGACACCCGGUGUUCAUCUCCCGCCGCCGCCACGGACACCCGGUGUUCAUCUCCCGCCGGCACCACGGAUACCCGGUGCUCACUUCGGUCCGGCGCCACGGACACCCGGUAUUCACCUCCCGCCGGCGCCACGGACACCCGGUACUCAGUUCCCGCCGGGGCCACUGACGUCCGGUAUUCACCUCCAUUCGGCGCCGUGGACACCCGGUUUUCACUUCGGUCCGGGGCCACUGACAUCCGCUGUUCACCUCCCGCCGUGGCCACAGACACCCGGUGCUCACCUCCCGCCUUGGCCACAGACACCCGGUGCUCACCUCCCGCCUUGGCCACAGACGCCCGGUGCUCACCUCCCGCCUUGGCCACAGACGCCCGGUGCUCACCUCCCGCCGGGGUCCCCCGCACGGUCAGGAAACCUGUGGUCGUGGUCCACGGUGGCGGAGCCAGCAACUUCUCCUCGGAGCGCAAGGAGCGCGUGCGCCAGGGCAUCAUCCGCGCCGCCAAGAUGGGCUACAAGAUCCUCAGGGACGGGGGCAGCGCCGUGGACGCCGUGGAAUGCGCCGUGGCCAUCCUGGAAAACGACCCCGAGUUCAACGCAGGUUGUGGGUCUGUGCUGAACAUAAAUGGAGACAUUGAGAUGGAUGCCAGUAUCAUGGACGGGAAGGAUCUGUCUUCAGGAGCAGUGUCGGCCGUGCGCUGUAUUGCCAACCCUGUGAAGCUCGCACGGCUGGUUAUGGACAAGACACCUCAUUGCUUUCUGACUGACCAAGGGGCUGCAAAAUUCGCACAGGACAUGGGAGUCCAGCAAAUCCCCGUAGAAGAACUUAUAACCACAAGAAACAAAAAGCACCUGGAAAGAGAGAAGGAAGAGCUCGGUGCCCAGAAAGCAGACUGUGCAAAACACCUGGGAACUGUGGGUGCUGUUGCCAUGGACUGCAGAGGAAACUUGGCCUAUGCAACCUCUACUGGGGGCAUCGUUAAUAAAAUGGUUGGCCGAGUUGGAGACUCUCCAUGUAUAGGAUCUGGAGGUUACGCUGACAAUAACAUUGGAGCCAUUUCAACUACGGGGCAUGGAGAAAGCAUCCUGAAGGUGAAUCUGGCAAGACUCGCUCUCUUCCACGUAGAACAAGGAAAGUCAGUGGAGCAGGCUGCUGACCUGUCACUGGAGUACAUGAAGUCGAGAGUGAAAGGCUUAGGUGGCCUCAUCAUGAUCACCAAAACAGGAGAAUGGACAGCCAGAUGGACCUCCACCUCCAUGCCCUGGGCAGCCGCACAGGAUGGCAAGGUGUACGCCGGCAUCGACCUUAACGAGACCACCAUCACAGACAUGUGCUCUUGAAGACCAGGUUGUAGGUGCUAGCUCGGAGGUGAAGCUCAGCUGCGCAGUGUGGAGAUGUAGCUUGAUCAAUUAGAAGUAGACAUGGAAACCUCACGUAUUCUGUCCCUCGUUUUGUUGCCUGGGUCAAUAGCAUCUGGGGGGGUGGGCGCCUCUAGAGUGCAAGAGGCCUUUCCUGAGCAAUCUCUAUUGUGUACGGCUAGAAAGAGAGCCCGCGAUCACUGGCAACCCCACAGAACUGGCGCAGGGCAGGGAGGGUCUUCAGGGGUGGGCACGCCCCCAUGCUCACAGAGGCCAGUCCUGGGAAGGCGGGCAGGGCAAGGGCCUAGGAACGGGGACCGCGUCCGGGAGCCACCAUGGCAGAGCUGCUGAGCCAGGCCCAGGUGGAUAGCAAAAGAUUAAAGACUUCGUUGUUGACCACUUGGCAAAAGAACGCAACACCUUUAAGGGAGACACUUUUCAUCUAACAAGGCUUUUUCUCUUAACAAAGCUCAGCUCCUCUCUGAGUGAAUAAUACAGAUGUGUGUCCAGAUCCUUGAAGAGGACCCCUUAGCUCCCCAAUCUAGAGAUGAGGGGUCAUAAGGGAUGGAAUUUGAAGACCGAGGGUCUUCCCGGUAGUCAGGCGAGCCCCCUCACCCGGUGUUCCCCCACGGGAUGAGUUGAGGACCUCUCUGGCUUCUCCCAGAAGCAGGGAGAGACUGACACUGGGCUCACUAAGGCCCAGGCUAACAGCCAGCGCUAUGGGGUGAACCCUCAUUCAUGGAAGGUUAGCCUGGUUGUCAUGGCAACGCCAUUUCCUUGGCAGGGUGUCUUCCUGUCCAUGUCUCACUGCACUGGACAUGGUAUUUCUGCUGUGACAUUUGACAUAGCUACUCAAGUUUUGUUUCAGAUUUUUUUUUCUUUAGUGUAUCAGGGUUUACCUUUUCUCUGAAAGGCAAUUGCUUAACUUCCAAUUCCACAUGCCACUAAAUAAAAUGUAUUUUGAAAGAA